UGUAAUGUGUGUCCUUGACAGACAGGAGGCGCUGUUAGCAGCCAUCAGUGAGAAGGAUGCCAACAUCGCCCUGCUGGAGCUGUCCUCGUCCAAGAAGAAGAAGACGCAGGACGAGGUGGCCAUGCUGAAGAGAGAGAAGGACAGCCUGGUACAACAGCUCAAACAACAGACCCAGAACCGUAUGAAGCUGAUGGCCGACAACUACGAGGCUGAGCAUCUGAAGGCCUCCUCACGUUCUGAGCAGACCAAUCACAAACCCUCCCCAGACCAGGUAAGAACACAUGCAAUGUAUGUAAAUGAAAUGUUAAUAUAUGCAGUCUUCUAAGGAGAAAGGGCCUAUUGGUCCCUGGAAUAUUUGUUUGCUGUUGAGGAAGACUGCUUUAGCGAUGCCAGU